GCCGUCAAAAGAGACAAAGCAUUUCUUGUUUGGAGGAAUACAUGAGAGCCAAACAACCCAAGAAAGGUUGGACAUACUCCAGCUAAACGGCGUCUUAAAUUACGCUUGGUGUCGUGAUGGCAGCAUCAUUACCACAGAAGACGGGCAUGGCAGGGAUGCCCACUCAGCAGCAGCCCCCCCACAUGCCCCCCAGUGGCCCCAUGGCCGCAGGUCAGCAGCCAGUGCCACCCCAGGGUGCGCUCAGAGAGAUCUCCCCGGUGUUCCUGUGUCGGAUCGGACAGGAAACCGUCCAGGACAUUGUCACUCGCACCAUGGAGAUCUUCCAAAUCACACGAGCCACGCAACUUCCCAAUGGUGUGACUCAGAGCCAGGCAAUGUACCAGGAUCGCUUUGGGAAACUGCAGGAACACUUGAGGCAGCUCGCCCUGCUCUUCCGCAAACUUCGUCUCCUCUACGAGCGCUGCGUGGAGAUGACCGCUGACCUGCAGGAGGGGCCGGCAGAGCUUGUGCCCUAUGUUGGAGAAGAGCUGGUCAAUGUCAGAGUGGAGCCUUGUAGUCCUUCGGUCCACCAGGAGAGAAAAGAAGUCCUAGAGAAAGUACGUCAGAAGAACCAGGAGAUGAAGGUUCUCAUGGAUCAGAUGAGGAACUUGCUGUGGGACGUCAAUGCCAUGUUGACACUAAGGAAAUGAUCGAUCAAUUUUCAUGGACUGACCGGGAGAGUAUUUGCAGGGCAACACCUUAUUUCCACAAGACAACAUUGAAGAUGCACGCUUUUGUACAAUGAAUCUCGGAACCCUUCUGCAAUAGCAAUAAUCUGAAAGUAAUUGAGCCCCCCCCCAAAAAAAGGUUCAUUAUCACCUAUACUGUAGAUGCCACAAGAGGGUGGCAAAGCACAAUUUUUGUCUAAGUGAAACUCCUUAACUCACUUCAAUAUAGUUCCCUGACACUGGGAUGCCCAAAAUGGCUGCACAGGACUUUGUUUGUCUCAAUGAAAUUCCUAACAUAAACCCUUGACACCAAAAUGCCACAAGAUGGUGGCAAAGCACAAUUUUUUUUUUUUUUCGUCUAAAUGACGCUCCUUAACUUACUUCAACAUAGUCAUGUGAUGCCAAAAGAUGGCGGCAAAGUAAUACUUUUUUGGGUGUUUUCAGGAAUGACAACCAUGAAUAUGCAGGGUUCACUGUACAGCUGUUUAUAGUUAAACCUGCCAUUAUAAACGGGUUUUUGUUUGGUGACAGUUGAUGAACUCUAAUUUACAAGGCAGCUGAAUGAUUACUAUUUUUUUUAAUUAUUUUUUUUAUUUUUCUAUUUUUACUGAAAUAAGUUAUGAACUCAUUUGUUGAAAACUUGUAUUCCAUCGGGUCACGAGAACCGUUUUUUUUCCUUCGCUACCAUCUGCGGUCACAACACCUGACGCAUCAAACCAUAACAGGCAGGUGCAUGGUUCCAACUGGCCCCUUGGCAGCUAUGUACAGUACAUCUCAGGUGUUUUGGACUGCGAGUGUGUAUGUGCAUGCGUGUCCUUCAUCAGUCUUCCUCAGUGUUCAACAACGUUUGCCCGUGAAUGUAAUUUUGUCAACUGGGUCAUAUUUCUGUUUUGUACAAUAUAAUAUCUUUUUCUAAUUAAAAAUAUGUAAAAAGGCAUCAAUUCCUUCCAGUGACUGCAACUUUAUUUAAUUUCACGCUAAACUGCAAAGUGGGUAAUGGGAGCUUCAAAAAAACACCAUAACAAAAUCUGCAUUUACAAAUGAUUUUAUUAGUUUUACAGUUUACUUUUUCCUGUCAAAUUGUCUGUUUUCCUUGGCGACAGUCCCUGCUCAGUAAUACUGAGACAAGAAUAGCCCGAGAACAUGG